UGCGGGCUCGCUCCCGGGUGCAGCGGCCGGCACCUGGCCGAGCGCCGGUUUCCAGCAUGGGCCGCCGGAGGGCCGCCCGCGGGCCGGGGGGCGACGGCCGCUCCCGGUGCCCCGCGGGCCGCUCCCUGGAGGACUUCGCGGAGGAGGUGGGCGCCGCGCUGCGCGCGUCCGAGGAGCCCGAGGCAGACGCGGCCCAGGGUGCCUCCAGCGCCCUGCACCUGCCCUGCCCUCUGGCCAUGUGGGAGCUGGGCCACUGCGACCCCCGGCGCUGCACUGGCCGCAAGCUGGCCCGCCUGGGCUUGGUGCGCUGCCUGCGGCUGGGCCACAGGUUUGGUGGCCUGGUGCUUAGCCCCAUGGGCUCGCAGUAUGUUUCCCCCGUGGACAGAGCCCUGGUAGCACAGCUGGGGGUCGCCGUCAUUGACUGCUCCUGGGCGCGCCUGGAUGACACCCCCUUUGGGAAGAUGCGGGGUGGCCACCUGCGGCUACUGCCCUACCUGGUGGCUGCCAACCCUGUGAACUACGGGCGGUCCUGCCGGCUGUCCUGCGUGGAGGCCUUUGCUGCCACCUUCUGCAUCCUGGGCUUCCCCGAACUUGCUGUCAUCUUGCUGCGAAAGUUCAAGUGGGGCCAGGGCUUCCUGGACCUGAACCGCCAGCUCCUAGACACGUACGCAGCUUGCACUGGCCCAGAGGAGGUGCGGCAGGCGGAGCAGGAGUUCCUAGCUCAGGCUGGGGAACCACCCCAGGAGGAGGAGAUCGAUCCCUUUGAUGUGGACUCGGGUAGAGUGUGUGCAAACCCCAACAGGCCCCUGGCAGGCACUGGGCUACCCACAGAUAGUGGUGACAGUGACAGCGAGGACGAGUCUGAGGACCCAGGGUCUAAUGCUGAGGAGGGGCGAGGCAGCAGCGGCAGCAGCCCAGAAGAAGAGCCUUCAGAGCUGGGUGCUGAGGCUGGACAGAACUUGGGUGCCCAGGCCACAGUCCCUGCAGAAGCCUGCUUGGGUAUCAAGAAACAGAGAGAGACUGAGGCUGCAGAAAGCUGUAUUUCUGGGGGUUGCGUGAUGAAGAGGGAAUCUGGGACACGGCAGCAGGACUUGGGGCAGAUGGGCUGAUGGCCUCAGCCACGGCCAUGCUAGCAGACUGCACUCGGCUUCUCUCUGAAACGGCCAGGCUCAGGCGCUGUAGGGCUCCCAAUGAAGCUGUGGCCUGA